CCUCCCAACGCCACGAUGAGCGGAGCACGGAGUGGCCUCCUCCGCGCGCCGCACGUGAACGCCAAGGGAGACCAGCCAGGGAUGCCCGCCAAGGCAGCCUCAGGCGCGGGGAAGACAAGUAGCACGGUGGUGUUGAAAAAAAGCAAAAAGUUGCCCCACCAGGCUUUGCUCGCCAAAGGUCGUGGCUGUACCGUAGCACAUGGCACCGUAGCACAUGGUGGCAUGGAACAGAGGGAGAACUUGAUUCCUAAAACCAUCCAAGCAAAGCUUUCCAAUCUGUCCUACCCUCAAGGCGAACUUGCGGGAGCUGGUUGUGCCAGCCUCAUGUCCACCCUCACCAACAAGGCCUUGGUGAAGAAGGAGCGGCUCUUGGAAGUGGUGGGCCAUGACCGAUACCGGGUCAACAACAAAUACGAUUCCAAAUACGCCCCACUGCCCGUUAACAAGAUUAUCCAACUGGCUGAAGAGAAAGUGGGCCAAGAACUAGAAUAUAAAAUCACCAGCGAGAAUUGUGAGCACUUCGUCACCGAACUGCGCUAUGGCGUGGCCAGGAGCGAUCAAGUCCGAGAUUUCUUUGUGGGGGCGACCAUCGCGGGCCUGGCUGGCUUGUUUGUUGGUGUCGGCGCAGCCAUGGUCAAGAGGAAAAAACAGCAGAACCAAUAAUGAGGAAAAAAAAAAAGAUUCUCUCAGAAUUCCUCAGCUCCUUGGCAUUUGUAUCUGUGGGAGUGUGUGUGUGUGUGUGUGUGUGUGUGUGUGUGUGGCGGGAGGGGUGGGGGCUACGUUUCUAAAAACUUGAGAUACGAUUGCCGUGAGGAAAAAAAAA